UGGAUUCAAGAUUUCAAGGGUACCACGCGGUAUUGUCACUUGAGGCCAAAAUCAGCUUGAGUCUAGAUUCACUUCCUCUCUCAAGGUCCCUGAGCAAUUUUGGUACGCAGAGGUGUGAUUUGUGUUGUUUUCCGCCGCACUCUUCUGUUUUGAAGAACCGCCCAUUUGUUCCCCACGCGGCGGCGGCUCCAAAAUAUCACCAACGCGUCUACACCAGAACACCAACCUAGCUAGGCCUGCAGCAAAGUCACACCAGUUGUCGGGCCUGCACCUUCCUGACAAUAAUUCCUCUGAAUUUGCACUGCAGUCCUCAACUUUGCGAUACCUUUUUAUCGCCGCGCCAUGGAAAACAAGCGCAAGGCUGCUGGCGCAAAUGAGGCUGGUCCCACCGACGGUGAGGACCGAGCCGUCAAGCGACGAAAGCAGCACCAGUCACCGCCGUUGCCCCAGCAGUUUGAUCUCUUGAAAGGCGAAUCUCCCGAAUCGACGACAGCCUACGGAUUGAUUUUCCUUGAGCAGAUCCGAAAGACAGCCGAUAAGAAUGGCCGACCUGUCGCCCGUUAUUUCGAAGAGCUCCUUCCGGAGAAGAAGAAUGAGGACUACUACAAGAAGAUCCAAAUGCCCAUUUCCCUGGCGACUAUCGAGGAGAAGCUGAACAACCGUGAAUUCUCCACCCUUGCUGAACUAGAGAGCUACUUCAAGCGCAUGGUUACCAAUGCCAAAGAAUAUUAUAACCGAGGCUCCCAGGUCUAUGAUGAUUCAGAGCGUGUUCGAAAGGCCCUGAGCAACUACAUGGUCAAGACCAACCCGGCAUAUAAGCUCAUUCCUGGCUACAGCUGCCAGCCAACCCCCCUCCCUCCCGAGUCGGAAGCCCGGUCUGGAGAGCCUGAAGGAAACGAAGGGGAAGGGGAUACUGAUGGUGGGGAAGACGACGAAGAAGACGAUGAUGACGAAGACGACAUUGACGAUGAUGCAGAUGCUGGACCAACGGGGAGAAGGAACUCCCGUCGGUCACAACGGAGCUCAGUCCAGAAGGUGCCAGAAAGGGUUGCUGGAGGGAAAGCAAAGCCGGAUCACGAAUACGAAGGUGUUUCCUACAAGCGACUCAGCUUUCAGCAGGCUCAGGAGAAGAUUGUCGAGGAGAUGAUCCGAGAAGAGGACGAAGAUGAGCCCGGCUGGAUGAAGUUUGAGGCCUUCCUGAAUCUCCCUCCUCGAUCGCUGAAGGAGUACUUCAGCAUCAUCACCGAUCCCAUCUCCUUGAGGGCUCUACAGAAACUGGUGAAAGGCAUCCAUGGUCGGCAGCCUGCCACCGGCGUUAGCGACUUCAAGAGCUGGGCUGCGUUCGAAGAGAAAACUAGUCUACUCUGGAGCAAUGCUCACUACUUCAACGAGGAAGGCAGCUCGAUCUACAACUUGGCAACAGAACUCAAGGAAUUCUUUGAAGGCCAACUCAAGAAAGCCAAGGCUGCGGUUCCUGAGCCACCUCAGCCAAAGAUCAAGCUCAAGGUAGCGCCAUCACAGGAGUCCCCAGCGCCACCUGGUCCCAAGAAGAUCAUCACCAUCCACGUUGGAGGUUCUCGGGGCAGCACUGCGGCUUCCCCAGCUCCGGCAGCGGGCUCUUCAGCCAACUCCAAUCCACCUCCACCAGAGAUGUCCCAGAACGGUGGUCCAGUCCAGCAGGUCUUGCCGCCAGCCUCGAGUGGUGGCCCGCCCGCGGCGAUGAAUAUGGGUCACCCCGAAACUGCUGGGAGCAUGUCCGCAUCGGUCGUAUCUCCCAGCCCAUCCCUAGCUGGCGUAAAGCAGGAACAACUCACUCGCCAAUCGCCGGCCAUGAUCCCCCGCUCGAAUGGGACGCCAACCCAUCCCGCCCAAGCUCCGAAUGGUGCUGCCAUACCGGCACAAGCCAUGUCGGCACAGCCCCUAUCGGCGCAGGCCCUACCGGCACAGGCUGUCCCGCAACAUCAACCGUCUAUGCCAGCGCCGAAUAGUAUCCAACGCAUUCCUCCGGCCCCCCCGAAUCGGGUCUACGACAAGGACUACCGAGUCCCAGGAAAAGACCUCGCCGAUGCGCUCAUCAAGAACCUGCUCAUCCGCGGCCACCCAGCCGUCCCAGUGGACACGAGAUUCAAAUUUGAGCUGCCAGCUCAGCAUUUCUUGGGCCACCAAACGGUCACUACUUUCGUUCCGAGUAACCAGUCCAAGUUGCAGAUCAUCCUAACGAUUGCUCCACUUGAGAGACAAGAGCGUCACUAUCGACUUUACGUCAUGGUGAAUGGCAUCACGUUGCCUCGCUCAGUUCACAUCCCGAUCCCCGGAGACGAUCUCGAGAUCACGGCUGAUACUUUAACCGUUGACGCCACGCUGCAUCCCGGCAUCAACUGGAUCGAGGUGCACUUGAUUGCGGCGCUCCCCAAAGGCCAGUCAUUGCCAGAAGGCGAAGAGUGCGAACUGGAGAAAUGGAGGGUCAUCGCUCAGCUGUUGCGGUAAUUGCAUAUCGCGCUGUUAUUGCGCUCUUAUUGCGCUAGGACCCAACGAGGGUUUGGGUGCGCAUUGAAAUCCUGUGUUGUAUGGAGUAUUGUCACCAUCGCUCGAUUGCGAGGUGUUGGUUUGCUUCCGUGUUUUUUUUGUUGGUUGCCUCGGUUUGUGAUAUUGACAACAGACGGGGCUUAGAAUCCGAGGGCUAGCUCAAACCUUCUGUGGCAUCAUGGACUAAGCUAUGGUGUCAGGUGCUUGGUGUAAGUAGUUUGUAUGAAAGACCAAUGAGACAUUUCUGUCAAGU